AUGAGUGACAAUUCUCCAUGCUUUCCGUUGAAUGGAUUUCAACAAAAUUUUUUCCAUCAAAGCGGAGCUUUUUUUCAUCAUGCCCCAAUGGUACAAAAAUCACAUUACAGAGAAAGAGUUGCGCCUACUGGAGCUGGCGCUACUGAAGUCCCACCAAAAAUCAUAGGAAAACGAAAACCUAGUGCCUACGACUUUGACGAAUCAAUGGGCGAGAGCAAGAGUCCUCCAAGUUCACCUAGAAUGGCAUCCCACUCUACACAAGAAAUGGAAAAAGAAUACUCCUUGGUAAAGAGAACGAAGAUGAGUAACGAGAAAGAAUUUCCUCUAAGUAAACUUUUAGCGACCCUUGAUAAGCCACAACUGCUGUCACUGAUAAAUAAUCUUAUAGAUACGCAUCCUAACUUGCAGUCGGAAAUCGCCUCAAACAUUCCUCGACCAACUAUUCAAUCUGUAACGAAUAUUUUGACGAAUCUAGAAAAGAAAUAUCAAGAUAGUUUUCCUUAUACAAAAUGGGGUCACUCCAAAGAUGACUAUAGUUACAAUCGUGUUAAGCCUGCCCUUAUAGAACUAAAGGGUGCCAUUUUAGAUUACGCUGCCCAUUUCACAUCACCCGAUGAAUUUCCAAUCAAUACUUUCACCUUUCUUCAUCUGGCCACCAAUUAUGCUCAUAGAUUACCGGGAUGGGAUAAUAGUUUACACAAUGAACUUAAACAUGACGCAUAUGUUAAAUUGGCCGAUUUUUGGAAAAAAGCUAUUAUUAAUGCCGCGAGUAAGCUAAGAGAAGGAAAAAUUUAUGGCCAAACGGUUGUUAAUGAAUGGGCGAAAAAUCUCGCUCAACAUGAUCGCGAUUCUAAUGGUAUGUUCCGACAAGCCAUUGAUGAAUUUACCCAAAAAUUAGGCUGGAUUAUUGGACUUCAAAGUGGGUCAACGCAACACCACAAUUAUUUCGGCAUGCCAGUCUAA